UUUCUGGUUGCCUUUCUUCCCAUAUUCGCGUUCCUCGUUGUUGUUUUUGUCGUUAUGUUGCCUUUGCUUUUAAGCAUAGCGCCUUCAGCCAUCAAGCAAAGCAAGUGAAAGUCAAAAACAAAAAGAUGAGUUUUUUGACGUGGCACGCAAGUUUAUUACUAUCGGUAUUUUUCUUAAUUUGUUUCCUCACAUAUACUGCGACCAACAAUGCCGAAACGCAGGAAAUCCACAAGCCUUGGUAUGAGAAGCUACCAGCGGUAGCCAUGGAUUACAAGGUACACAUCGAUGCUGGUAAAGAGGACUGCUACUAUCAGUAUGUGCAGGCGGGUGCCACAUUUUACGUUUCAUUUAGUGUUGUGCGUGGUGGUGAUGGCAUGGCUGGGUUUGCUGUGCGUAAUCCCCAGAAUCAGAUAGUGAAACCAUAUCAAUGGCAAGCCACUGCAGAUUAUACAGAUCAAGUCUCCCCUGGAGGCUAUUACUCCGUGUGCAUUGAUAAUCAGUUCUCCCGUUUUGCCGGCAAAUUGGUAAACAUUUAUAUCACGGUUGUGAAAUAUGAUGCAUGGGACAAAUAUGCUAAAGAAAUUGAAGAGCUACAGCUGAAUUUGCAAAAUUUCACAGUUACCCUCGGCACCGUGGAGCGAAACAUUAACGAUAUGCUGUCAUACCAAUCCUAUAGUCGAAAUCGCGAAGCCCGUGAUUAUGCUUUGCUAAUUGAUAACAACGGUUACAUACAAACAUUUUCCCUAUGCCAAAUUCUGGUUAUCAUCCUAGCAUGCUCUGUACAGGUAUUCCUCGUACGAAAACUCUUUGAUGUGAAGAUAUCAUCCAAAACACGCAUUUGAAUUUUUCAGUACUAGCACUUGAUGCAUUUUCUACUUGUAAAUUUAAUCACUUUUGAGACCUUGAGUGGGUGAACUACGAACAAACAUACCAACCAUGGAAAAUUACAUACAUUUUAUAUGCAAGCAAGAGUAAUUUUUUCUGCCAAUUUUUAAGCUCAACAUUUCCAUAUUUUGCACUUAAAAUGUUCCAAUAUGCCUGGCAUUAAUAUAAUAUUUAGAUUGAGAAAAGGAAAUGAAUAGACUUGUUUAGAUAUUCUUUUGAAAUUUAUACUAACGUGCUCUUUUUGGCAGUUUAUCACAUAAAUAAUUAUGUACUAUAUCAUACGUAUAUCUCAAUAUGUAUGUAUGCAAGCGUGAAUGAGUGUAUUUUUGUAAAAUAAAAAAGUUGAACAAAAAA